AGCAAGAAGCGUGGGACAGAGAUUGGAGGGCGAGAGAGAGCAAGGAGACCGGAGAUGAGAUCCAGAGAAGAGAAAGUUGGGGAAAGCCUGGCUGGAGGGGGCGGGCGCUGGGAUCCCCACCGUCUCCGCCCCGGAAAGCGGGGCUUCCGGGUUCACUAUAAAACGGGGAGCCCGGGACCCCGGCUUUAGCCGCCUGCCGCUGGUCAUGGGCUCCAGCUCCGACGCCGUCCCGGACCCCGAGGCCCCGCGGCCGCCCGCGCCCCCCGGCCCCGCCUGCCGCCGGCUGCCCUGGGCGCUGAGCGCCGCGCUGCUGCUGCUGCUCGCGGCCGCCUGCGCCGUCUGCGCCGUCCGCGCCUGGGAGCUGCCCCGCCGCCCCGCCUCGGGGCUGCCGAGCGGUUGGGGGACCCUCCGCUCACUUUCUGCCUUUCCUCCUCAGGAUGUGGGCGUGUUCGCGCAGCUGGUGGCCCGAGAUGCACUGCUGACAGAAGGGCUCCUGCAUUGGUACAGUGACCCUGGCUUGAAAGGUGUGUUCCUGGCACCGGGCCUGAGCUAUGAUGAGCACACACAGGAGCUGGUGGUGUCUGAGGCCGGCAUCUACUAUGUGUUUUUGCACCUGGAACUGCAACGUGUGGUGGCUAGAGCUGGCUCUGGCUCCGUCUCCAUUGCCUUGCAUCUGCAGCCGCCGGGCAGAGGGGCUGCAGCUAUGGCCCUGACCUUGGACCUGCCAUCUCCCUCCUCUGAAGCCGGGGACUCAGCAGCUGGUUUCCGGGGUGGCCUGCUGCACCUGCGCGCUGGCCAGCGCCUGGGUGUCCAUCUCAGGGCUGCGGCUGGGGUGCACCCCGCCUGGCAGCUUGCACAAGGUGCCACGGUCUUGGGCCUCUACCGAGUGGCCACCAAGGUCCCUGCUGGACUCCCCUCGGGACAGCCUUCAUGAGGCAGGCGGGGUUGCCACCCCCUGCAGGGAGACUAAAUCCUGCCUUUCUUCUGCGGGGCCUCUGGUGAUGAGCCCUGGCUUCUCUACCUCACCAGGCAGGGCAGGGGUUCUGGCUGCUGACCCCCUCCUCAAGGAUUCUCCUGGUCCCUCUAUCACUCCUGCCCCGAAUCAAACCCUUGGUAUUUAUUAUGAGCCUGAGCUCAGACAGUGGACUUUAUAUUUAUCUGUUUAACUUAUAUUUAUUGAGUGCCCAGGCCAGGUACUGUGCAGCAGGGCUGAAGAAACAGACCAAAACAACCAACAGCAAGCAAGACAGACCUCAAAAAAUCCUUACUUAUGUUAAUAAGUGAGAAAUAAAGACUCACUCCGAGCCUCCCCCUUUGGGAUUUGUGGGGUAGCUUUAGGGGGUCUGCAGAAUUCUUUGUUGUGUGAGUUUCAUUCAUGCAACUUGUCUUUUGACCAUCUACUAUGUGUCAGGCACUGUUUUAGGUGUUGAGGACACAGCAAUGAGCAAAACAGACCCAAACUCCAGCUUUUGCCAAGCUGACAUCUUCUAGGCUGGUUUGCCACUAUGACUGUGAUUGUGACCUGGUGUGCCUGGGCCAGGGGGCAGUGUGAGUGGUGGAUGGUACUGGGUAAUAAAAUGUUUAUAAAUGUAAUGACUGUAUUGAGCUUUUACUGUACACCAGACAGUGUUAUCUGGGACUCAUAACUACUGUAUGCUUUAGGGGUUUUAUUAUUUCCAUCCUACUAUUAUGUAUGCUCGAGGUUAUUUUCCUCUAUGGUAAGUGGGUGGUGGAAAUACUGUAGAAUACAGUUCUGCAGGAAGUCACUUGCCAGCUCUGUUCAGUACCGUCACGCCAGUAACUUAAAAUCAGCCACGGGAAUCAGCAAAUGCUACAAGCCAGGGCUUGAUUUAUUGUCUGCUGGUCAGCUAGACUUAAAGUGAUGGAGGAACUGAUGUUAAACAAGUAGAUUAGACUUAAAAGUGUGUCUUGGCUCUACCUGUUAUGUUGUGAAUAUCAAGGAAGUCUUCAUCUACUGUUUUCAAAUCGUUAUCUGAUUUUGUAAAGAAGUUGCUCAUGUUUUCACAAGCAAGUGAAGUGUGGACAUACAUCUUUGGCCCGUUUUAUCUUAGUAUUUUUUUAAAAAUUGAU